GUUAUUCUCGAUGUGAAUGAAUGAACACAUGCCAAUGUGUGGUUACGUAACCUCCGUUCGCAUAACCCGCGGCGUACAGACAGGUUUGGGCAAGCAAUUUCUUUCCCGCCUCUUGAAUACUGUGUACUUUGUGCAAAAUUGUUUCUUUAUAUUUUUGUGAAAUAAAACUGGUAAAGGACAGACUUACUCGCUUGGUGCUUGGGAAUAGUGUGCUUAGGUUGUCAUCGAAAACUACGAAAUCCUGAUGGAUUUUCUAUAACGCCGCUGUUCUUUGUUCUUUAUAGAAAUGAAGCCUAGAAGAUCGAAACGACUUUCAAAAUCUCCUGUAAUCAAAGAUAAUGAUAGCAGCGACUUCGAAGAUAAUGGAAAGAAACAGAAACUCCAACAACCAAACACUCUGACAAAUAAUGAAAGCAUUGAAAAAAAUAUUACCAAUGAACAGUGUGUGGGCAGAAAUGGCUUUGAUAAACAGUCUAUAUCACCAAAUGUUAAUGGUAAUGAUUCAGAUUCCUCAGAUUCUUCUGUUGAUUAUAUGAAAUCACCUCAGACUCUAGAUUUUGAUUCUGAUUUCUUCAAAGUAGAUUUUCGAAAGAAAGAGACAUCAUUAACUUUUGAAGAUGUAGAAAAGAAAAUGUUUGAUAAAAUCCAGCGUUUGACAGACACUGAAAGUUCAGAUGAUGAAGAUUGUAAGAAGGUAGAAUAUAUUCCUAUUCCUUUGCCCUUUAGCCAGCAGACCCUAGUAGUUGAUAUCAAAUCAGAGAAUGAUAAAAGCAAACAGAAGUUGAAAACAAAAAGAGUAAAAUCAAGACCUGGUUUGAGUGUAAAUGAAUCUUCAAACAAAAAGAAACAUCCAAAAGUCAAAGUUCAAUCUGAAACUAAAAGUGUUGAUUCAAUGGAUGUGUCAGAACUAUUAGCAUUAGGAGAAACACAGGUUACUAACGAUGUCAAAAAUGCAUCACAUCAUUUCUCGUCUGAAGAAGAAUUGACUGAUUGGGAGGAAGUAAAAGAAGAGAAAAAGGAAAUCAAGAAAGAACCUCAUAGUUUUCCUAAGGAAGGUGUUCAGAUUACUGUAGAUGCCCCAGAGCUCUAUCAUAAAAGAAAAAAGAAAGAUUUUGACAUGGCUGCAUUCUUAAAACGUCGAAUGAAUCAAGUGAAGAGGGAACAACAAGUUCUAAUUCAUAAAGUGCAUUUACUCUGUUGGAUUGCUCAUGGUUUACAUGUCAAUGCUGUUCUUAAUUCGCAAGAACUGAUGGGUCUUUCUUUAUCAUUGAUUCCUUCAAAGCAUUCUUACCCAAAUAAAGUUGAUCUUAUUUAUCUAAAGGAUAUUUGUAAAUGGUUUAUGAAAACUGUGCCUGUCGUGGAAAUUCCUUCUGAAAAAUCUACUUUUGUUCCGUUGUUGGAAUCUUUGCAACAGCAGUUUGCAAAUGGAACAGCAAAAUCACAACGGGAUUUGGUAUUUUUAUUUAUUUGUCUGUUACGUUCCAUUGGUGUGACAACUAGACUCAUUAUUUCUCUUCAGCCUGUCCCACUUAAACCUUCAACCAUCGAAACAGUUAGUGUAAAAACAGAAAGAGGGCGACCUCGAAGUAAGAAUCCAGAAAAGAGUAAAGUGGAAAAAAGAGUUCUUUCUCCUGAAGAAGCAAAACAACUGAAUAAAAAGGUGUUAUCUAAAGAUGAAGCAAUCAAACGUCUGAAAUCUUCAGAAAAUAAUAGAAAAACAGUUGCAGCUGCAAAAAAACCAAGGGUUGAGAAACCUAGUUCUAAAGAGAAGUCAGAUGAUGAAAAAACAUUACGGCGAAGUAUAAGGCCUAGAAAAACUACAGAAAAUAAAUAUAAAGAUGCCAGUAGUUCCAGUGAAGAAAUUGCAACAGAAGAAGAAGAAGGAAAGAAAGCUAUGGCUUUAAGAAAACGCGUGACUAAAAAAGAAGAAACCAAAUCAGGAAGUAGUGUAAAGAAAAAUAAUAUAGAAAAAGUAGAAAACAUAGAAGUUUCCAAAAACAUAUCUAAGAAAGAUGGCUCAAAAGUGAAACAGGAUAAAUCAUCCAAAAAAGAAAUACCUACCCAAGGUACAAUGGAAGUUAGAAACGCUGUUAAAAUAAAAGAAGAAAUAUCUGAAAAACAUGUGAGGGAAAAUUCUAAUUCCUCAAAAAAUUCUGACAUACAGAAGAAUAAACAAAACACAAAAUUUAAAACACAAGCAAGAAAUGAUAUCAAACCUUCUACUUCCCACACUAGUGAAGAUGAAUUUCUUCCACAAUCACAGAAAGAAAGCAAUAAAAAAAUUCUGAAGAAAAAUGCAACUGUGAAGAAAUCACGUUCCUCAACAAAUCAUUCAGAAAGUGAAUCUGAUUUUGAGCAAGAACUUUCCUUAAAAGUGAAGCAAGGAAGGAGAAGUAGUAGUACCCAAAACGAUAUUGAAAGACGUGUGUUAUCAUCUGAUUCUGAUGAUUCAGGUGAUAGUGAUAAUAAAAAUAAAACCAAGAAUGAUUUUUGGCUGGAAGUAUUAAUAGAUUCUGAAAAGUGGAUUCCAAUAGAUAUAUCUUCUGGAGAAGUUAAUUGUGCAGGGAAGUUGUAUAAAAGGGCUACAAAACCUGUUUCUUAUAUUGUGGCAUGGAAUCCUGACAUGACCUUAAAAGAUAUCACUCGUAAAUACUGUGCUCAGUUUCAUUCUGUUACGCGGAAACAACGAGUUGAUGAGAAAUGGUGGAGGGAGUCAUUAUUUCCAUUUUUGACUGGAAAUACUGCCCAUGACAAGAAAGAGGAUGAAGAUAUGCAGAAGCAAAUUGAAGAGAUGCCCUUGCCAAAAAGUAUUUCUGAGUAUAAAAAUCAUCCUUUAUAUGCUCUACAACGUCAUUUACUUAAAUUUCAAGCAAUAUACCCUCCCAAGGCUCCAACACUAGGUUAUAUUAGAGGAGAGCCUGUAUAUAGAAGAGAAUGUGUUUAUACAUUGCAUUCUAGAGAAAUAUGGUUAAAGGAAGCUAAAGUAGUCAGGCUAGGCGAAAAACCGUAUAAAAUUGUGAAAGCAAGACCAAAGUGGGAUAGGAUGUCUGGAAAAGUUAUUACUGACUUGCCACUUGAAAUAUUUGGACCGUGGCAAGUAGAGGAUUAUGUACCCCCAACCGCUGUAGAUGGAAAAGUCCCCAGAAAUGCUUAUGGAAACGUAGAAUUGUUUAAACCAUCUAUGUUACCAAAAGGAACAGUUCAUUUACAAGUUCCUGGCUUAAACAGAGUGGCAAAGAAACUUCAGAUUGACUGUGCACCAGCUGUUGUUGGUUUUGAUUUUCAUUGUGGAGCUUCUCAUCCUAUGUAUGAUGGAUUUGUUGUUUGCGAAGAAUUUCAAGAUGUUCUUUUGGAUGCAUGGAAUCGGGAUCAAGAGGAGUCAGAAAGAAGAGAACAAGAAAAAAGGGACAAAAGGAUAUAUGGUAACUGGCGUAAAUUGAUAAAAGGUCUUCUAAUUCGUGAACGUCUUAAAGUAAAGUAUGGUUUUGGAGAAUCAGAACCAUCCACAAGCAAAAGUAAAAAAGGACAAAAAAGUAAACUUACAAAUAAAAAAUCAAAAGAAGAAGAAGACGAUGAUACGGAUUGAAAACUAAAAAAGAACUUGUAAAGAUAUUUGUUUUGUCUUGCCUAUGUUGGUCUAUUGUGUAAAUAGGUCUUUUUAAUAUUUUGUUAAGUGAUCCUUUGGACAGUAUUAAUGGCCUGUUGUAUAUUUUUCCUAACAGUUCUUUGCUUGUAUAGGAUUUUAAGGUAAUUAGUGAACAUUUUCUCCUCUCAGGUACUAAUGUAAUUUGACUUUUCCAACAAUGUUAAGCAAAGAAGUUUCCAUGUUAUAUGUAAGUUUUGAUAUCCAUUUAUUUUUUAAUUUUCUUUGUGUAGUUGAAUUGUUUCCUCAGGUAAUAUGUUGCGCAGCUAAUAAUGAAAUAUUAAUGGUAUGUUCUGCAAUCUAAAUUAAGUACAAAGGAAAUGCUUCAAAAUGGUAACCGCAUUAGUAUUGGAUAAAUAAUGAGUUAUUAUUGAAGAUUAUUUAACGUAAUAUUUUGAACAUUUUUUCUGUACUCCAUUCCAAAUAUUUCUAUGUAAAAUUCAGUGAGAUAUGACUCUUAAGUGUUUGUAGAUAUUGAUUAGUUUUAUGUCUUCUUGUUUCUCUUGAAGUCUGUGAAUUGCAAAAAACUUGCAUACUGGUUAUGAAGGAGAUUGAGGUGAAGUCUUGCUGGAUUGUCAAUAAGAAUUUUAAAUUACAAUAAGGAUGUGGCAAAUACUCAAAUGUGUGGGCUCCAGGUAUUUCUGGUUUUAUUGUUCUGUGGGCUCCAGGUAUUUUUUUGUAUAGUUCAUUGUGAACUGACCUAUGUAAAAAUGUAAAAUUAUUUUGUUCUGAAAGGAAAGAUUCCUGCUGGCAGGGUCUUUUUGGGCAAUACUUUUUGUAGACUCCUUGUAACCAUGUUAUCACUUGGGAAGUACAAAGUGUAAAAUUUUACAUUAUUGGAAUAUUUAGAAAUAGUAGAUUUGUUUUUAUAUUAUCUCAAACUUGCACAUCACAUUUUGUAAAAUUUAUGUACACAUAUUAAAUAUGUUUUUCUUUGUGCUUCUUGUUUUAUUUUAAAUCAGUGGUUAGGAAGAUCCUGGGUUUCCCUUUAAUAAUGAUAUUUAAAUUUUCAAUGUUGACAUUGGCCUUUUGGCAAUUGGCCAUUGGCAAUUUACUAAUGCUCAGAAUAAUAUUAGUUUUUGUCUAUCACAUCUACUUUUUGUGCUAUGGAUUCUAUGGCUAUUAAGCAUACUGUUUUUACCAUUAGGACAUUUUCUGUUUUACAGUGGGUCAAUAACUAGAUAUUAGAUGUGACAACAACAUUAGAUAACAUUAGAUUACAUGAAGAUAAGUAUUAAGAGAAUAAAACACAAAAUGGUUUCAGCACAAUCUUUGUUAAUAGAAAAUUAUAUUUGAAAAAACAAAUAUUGUGGAAAAAUUACUUUUGUACUUUCUUUCAGUAUGCAUCCCCUGUGAGUAAUAAAUGUGUACGAUUAAAAUAAAUGUAGCUAUUUCACCUUUCCUUUUUCUUAU